GUAUCCAAUCUAGUUAAUCAAUCUGCUUCACUCCCAUUAUCUGUCUUUGAUAUAAAAAAGACAUUGUAUUGUAUCAUCUGCUGCAGCGGCAACAAGGUCAAAUAAUCUUCUUAACAUUACCCCCUUUGUUUCUACUGUCUCUUGUUUCCCACCAAACACUUGAAUAAAUUAUACUUACAUAUAAAAUAUAUACGCACAACAAGCUAUGGAUGGAGGUGGUCAACACUACAAUCCCCGGACUGUUGAAGAGGUUUUCAGGGAUUUCAAGAGCCGGAGAGCUGGAAUGAUUAAGGCCCUUACUACUGAUGUUGAAGAAUUUUACCAGCAGUGUGACCCUGAAAAGGAAAAUUUAUGCCUUUAUGGGUUUCCCAAUGAGCGGUGGGAAGUCAAUUUACCUGCAGAAGAAGUACCCCCAGAGCUUCCGGAGCCUGCACUUGGUAUCAACUUUGCCAGAGAUGGGAUGCAAGAGAAGGAUUGGUUGUCUUUGGUUGCCGUCCACAGUGAUGCAUGGCUACUUGCUGUUGCAUUUUACUUUGGCGCUCGAUUUGGAUUUGAUAAAGCUGACAGAAAGAGACUUUUUAAUAUGAUAAAUGAUCUCCCAACGAUAUAUGAAGCUGUGACGACGGGGGCAUCUAAGAAACAGUCAAAGGAAAAAUCAGCUGUGUCCAAUCAUGGCAACAACAAACCUAAGUCAAAUCCUAAGCGAAUCACUGAAUCUGAAGUCAAGUUUCCAAAAGGACCGGAACCAAAAGACGAUGAUGAGGAUGAGGAAGGCUUGGAAGAAGAGGAAGAUGAACAUGGGGAUGCAUUAUGUGGAGCAUGUGGAGAGAACUAUGGACAGGAUGAGUUCUGGAUUUGCUGUGACAUCUGCGAGAAGUGGUUCCAUGGGAAGUGCGUCAAGAUCACCCCAGCCAGGGCUGAGCAUAUCAAGCAGUACAAAUGCCCCUCUUGCAGCAACAAAAGGGCUCGUGUUUGACUGUUACCAAAACAGCUGAAACCCCUCACUCUUCAUAGUUGGAUUGUGCUAACGAUCUAAUAUGCGGGUUCUGUCUCGGCAAUGAAAACAAGUAUCUUGAUUAUCAGUCUUUAGAUAUCGUGUAGGUCCCCAUAAUCAAAUGUGUAGCUUCUGUGUUUUAAAAUUGAUGUUAGUGCGUAGGUUGCCAUGAGGAUGUUUCUUUUCUUUUCUUUUUUAACCUGAAGACGUUACAAUCAGGAUGCUUAUGUAUUCAGUUAGAAUUUAUGUUGUUCAUUGUGGGAAUUGGAAAUACUCUUCUCUUCAAACAUUUGAAACAAUAAUUAAGCUCAGUAUUUAUGUGUCCA